GGCACGGCGACAGAGUGAGAGUAGGGAGGAGCCUGCCGCAGUGAGUUCAGCUCAGGACAGACUGAAGGACAAAACAAACAGGAAGGAGACAAAAGGUAAAGCCAGCAACAGGCGCGCUGUGAGGCAAAUAAAGACUACUGACACAUCAGCAAUGUCGUUGUCGGUUGCUCGGCGGGUGCUUGCCGCCGCGUCGCAUUCGAGUCAUGAGGGAGGAGCGAAGACCUGGAAGAUCCUGACCUUCGUGCUGGCCUUGCCCGGCGUGGCCGUGUGCAUGGCCAACGGCUACAUGAAGAUGCAGGCCCACUCGCACGAGCCGCCAGAAUUUGUGCCCUACCAACACCUCCGCAUCCGCACCAAGAAAUUCCCAUGGGGCGAUGGCAACCACUCGCUGUUUCACAAUUCUCAUGCCAAUGCUCUGCCCGACGGUUAUGAGAGCUCCCAUCACUGAGGGGCCUUCCAGCCAAUGCAGUGAUGUCUUGCUCUGAAAUAAACAUCAUCCUAUGCACCAA